AUGGCAUCCUCUCCAUCCACCACCUCCGCCGCACCGGCACCGGCAACCGCCACGGCACCGACCACAGCAGCGGCCUCCCGUCCCGCCAAAGCCACCGUAACCCUCCGCCCCGCAACAGAAGCCGACAUCCCCGCCCUCGCAUCCAUUUCCGACGCAGCCUGUAAAACGGACUCGCACACCCAGCUCAAAGCCUCCAUCCGCGGCGACGAUGAUUUCCCAAAGGGCAUGCAAGACGCGCUGAAAGCCUGGAUCGCGCACCCCAAAGUCGACGUCAUUGUCGCCGAGAGCGACGGCGGACCUGUGGGAUGGGUCGGAUGGGUGAGACGAGGAUUCGCCGGCGACACUGACCUCCCGCUGGACGGACCGGACGAAGAACCCCAGCCCGAGACAUUCUUCACGGACGCGGAGCAGAAGCAGAAGACCAAGACAAUAGACGACCUCGGCGAACUAACAAACGCAUCAAUGAACUACUGGGUCAAGCGCUUCAUGCCCGAGGGCUGCAAAUGCAGGUUCCUGUGCACCUACGUCGUCCACCCUGAUCACCAGUCCCGCGGCAUCGGCUCGGCGCUGAUGAAGUGGGGCACCGACAAGGCGGAUCGCGAGCCGGGCGUAUACUGCUGGGUCCAGUCGUCCAUGGGCGGACAGAAGGCGUUUGAGAGGCAGGGGUUCCGGGAGGUGGGCAGGUUAGAGGCGGAGUUGGAUGAGUUUGCGGACGGGGUGAAGCCUGGUGGGAAGUUGGCGGGUGUCACGGGGAGUGAGGAGCUUUGGGGGCGGUAUUCGUGGGUUUAUAUGAGGAGGGAUGCGAGGGCGUAA